AUGGUCAAACUCUGUCCUCUGGCCCAUCAACAUCGUCCCACAGCCUUCGCCGAUCUCUCACAGGCAUUCAAAGUUCGCUUUCAACAAUGCGGCAGCAUCGAUGAUAUAUACGAGAGCAUUGGCCGUAAAGCUGUGCCUCUGUGCUCGGAGAGAUAUCCUAGCCACGAUACCUUUCCAAUCAACUUGGCCUACUCACUCCAGUGCUACUUCAAUCACCAGUGCAAUGUGUAG